UCUCAAUCUUUUCACCAGAAAGUGAAUCCUCCGGCCCCCUACUCUGUGAUCAAGGGCGCCCUUGACCGCGACGGCCCCGUGCUCCGGCGAGAGUACAAAGGAGAGGAGAUCAGCAUCUCCGUGAUGAGGCUGGCCAACAUCAUGCCCGCCGGAGCCGAGGACGACGAGGAUUCCGACUCGAUCAGCCAGCUGUUCCUCCACGUGGACGUAUCGAAGCCCGGGAGGAGCGAAGGGCUCCAUUUCCUCUGUGGACUGUACCCUGAUGCUGUUGGGAUUCACUCUGUUUGUCUCCGGCCCAAGGGGCCGGGCUCGGAUCCUGCCUCGUUGUCGAAGAACCGGGGCCGGGUGUUCCAAGAGCUAGACCAGAAGAUGAGGGAUGGAUUUCAUAUGUACAUAGAGGCUCGCGGGGUUAAUGAGAAACUUUUCCCCUUUCUUCAAGCUUGGCUCUAUGUGAAAGAUCACCGAAACCUCAUGCAUUGGUUUAAAAGAGUUGGCACCUUCAUCAAUGAGCGCAAAACAACUUGAUCUGCAACAUGUUUCUAGGUUUGAGGUUUUAAACGAGUAGUUUGUAGCUUAGAUGUGAUUGUUAUCUUUUAUCUACCAUAUAUUGUGAAGGAAUUUUGUAUUUUCUCAUGGGAAAAGAAGUUUGUUCGAAUAUUAUUCAUUGCAUGUCAUGCUUUAUUUAUCUUA